GGUGAAUGACGAGUUGCACGAGAAUGAGGUUGUGGAGGAGGAGGAGGGCGGUCGCAUGCAAAUACACGCGCGCACACACACGCACACGCUCACGCUCGCUCGGUCGGUCGGUCUGUCGGUCGGCACACGCACACGCAUACAACUAGUUAUGUUAAAACCAUCACAUGCCGCUGCCCUCGGCACACGCUAACGUGCGUCUUCCACGGACGGAGGUGUUUCACUGUUCGCUCGUACACGCGUCGCGUUCAUUCUUCACUUCUCCUCGUUACUUUCUCACAUCCCGUAUAUACACCUAUUAUCAUUAAUAAGUUUUAUUAUUAUUAGUAUUAUUAUCAUUAUCUUCAUCAAUAAUUAUUAUUAUAUUAUUAUUGUCGUCAUCUUCAAACCGUUUUGGAUAUUGUCGUCACUGUUACGACGCGAAACAAAAAUAUUUUGCAAAUCGCGAGUUUAUGUGUGUGUGAGUGUGUAUGAGAGUGGCUAAAGGGUGCAACACCGUACGCAAUUCCGCCGACGACAAUGUCACGCGGACAAUACUCGAUUUGCCGGCGGUCGGCUGGUUGACCGUUUGAGACCGAUUCGUUUUCGGUUUUUCGUUUCCCGCCGCGACGACGACGAGACGUCCCGCUAAAACAGUUUUGAAAUAUUCACCGUCAUCACGUCUGCUCCCCCCACAUCGACCUAGACGACACGUCGGUCCAAAAUGAUCGACCGACGACCAGAUUUGGAAGUGAUCGACGUAUCUCAGAACGGGUUAUUAUCGGAUAUGGACACGCCGCAGUACAGUCUUCGGUGGAACAAUCACCUAGUCCAUAUGAUGGACGCCAUCGAAGUACUCCUUCAAAACGAAACUCUUGUGGAUGUCACGCUGGUUUGCGAAAAUACUCAGUUUAAAGCCCACAAAGUCGUCUUAUCCGCUUGCAGUCCAUAUUUUCAAAGGCUAUUCUCUGAAACCCCGUGCAAACAUCCUGUGAUCGUGCUUAAGGACCUUCCCGACUGGGAGAUGAGAGCAAUCAUACACUUCAUGUACAAAGGGGAGAUUAACGUUGGCCAGGAACAGUUGCCGUUGUUGCUACAGGCUGCUGAAACGCUACAAAUUCGCGGACUGGCCCACACUGAGCGCAUUCCGUUGUUCGUCGAUUCGCCCACUUCGUCGUCGGCGACGCCCACGGACGUUCAGCCACCACCGUCACAACAACAACAGCAGCCGCCUCUUUCGUCUUCUCAUCACCACGGCGUGAGCGGCCACCAUCACCAUCACCAUCAACACUCCAGCAGGGGCCACAGUCCUGGCGGCGGAAAAUCGAGCACGACCGCCGGCCACGAACUGAUGAACGGACAGAGUUCCCCAGGCAAGAGUCAUCAUCACCAUCAUCACCACCACAGGCACCGGACCGCCGACUCGCCGCAGAGUCCGCGCAACAAGUCGCAGCCACCGUCUCAUCACGCACUCGGUCUACCGCCACCGCACCAUCGCGACGGAUCCGCCGGCCGCAUGUCACCGACCACCAGGAUGUUCUUCCAGGCCGCCGCAGCCGCUGCGGCCGCUGCUGCUGCCAAUCCGUACGAUCCUUCACAUAUCCGUCUGCCACAGAUACAGCACCUGCCACCCAUCACGUUCAACGACAGGAACUGUCCGUCGCCGACACCUCGCAGGAAACAGGCUCGACCCAGGCGAAGAUCGGGCGAAGCGAUUGGUCCACAAGAUUUGAGCAAAGCUCCUUCUCCGUUAAACUUCAGUAACAAUGUCGCCGAAAAUUUGUCGAUGAAAAAGUCACCAAAUAAUGAAAAUAUCAAUAACGAAAACAUGCCCACAAAUUUAAGUUGUAACAAUAAAAGGCCAGACAGGACACCAUCGCCAUCGGCAAAUAAACAAAUGAAGGUCGAAGUGGAAGAAUCAGAAAUGAUUGGAGACUUGGGACAAAGUCUGCCGGUAGAGUUGACUGCCAACAGUGGUAACCCGAACGUAAACAACAAUAACAAUAAUAAUAGUAACCAGUCGAGUAACAAAAAGAACCACCACCAUCACCUCCAUCAUCAUCUCAACCACCAACAACAGCAUCAGAGGCAUCCGGACUUCCCUUAUUACGGGCCGGAUCCCAUGAGUAUACCACUUAAUCCACACGAUCCGCACUUUGAGAAUUCACUGUUUCCACCUUUUGGACCGUUGUCGUCGCUAUCUCUACAAGGGCCUCCUCACAUGUUUCCAAUAGAUGCACAAUUUGGUCUAUUUCCCGGUUUGGACGGCUGCAGAAACCCACUGUUAAACGAAUUGAUCGAACCGAGGUUUGACAAUCCGCCGCCGAGUAAAAAGAAAAAGAAAAUGUUCCCGGUUGGUCGUCCUAAGGGUCAGCACAGCGCUCCUCGCGGUGGCCCUCCCAGGUCGUGGACGAACGCUGAACUCACGGAAGCGCUGCAACAUGUGUGGAACAAGAAGAUGACCACAUCGCAAGCGUCCAGAAUUUUCGGUAUACCGUACAACAGUCUACUCAUGUACGUGCGUGGCAAGUACGGAAAAUCGCUAAAACUGGAACAGUUGAAAAAAGAAUGUUUCGGUGACAUAAACGGUCCGCUAGACUUGUUACACUUCGGGUCCAUAUCGAACAACAACAACAGCAGUAACAAGAACAACAAUAACAACAACAACAGCAGCAACAGCAACAACAACAACAGCGGCGGUGGCGGUAAUAACGGCCAGUCGAAUAUCAACGGUUCCGGUAACAACAACGGGGGCGGAGGAAACGGCCCGACACUGCAGCCGUGCAACCCGCCGUCGGAACCCGUUGACCUCAUGCUGGGCCCUCCAGGAUUCAACCCACCCGCGUUCGCGGCACCCAACUUCUUCCCGGACUUCGGGUCCACGUUCCCGAUGGGCAUAGACAUGAUACAUCUGAUGCACCAACAACAGCAGCACAUGUCGUCGAUGUCGGCGGCCGACAAACACCAGUACUUGGGGCUGCAGGACAUGAUCGGCGGCCAGCCACUGCAGUCAGCCGUCGUGUUAGACUACGCGAUGAAAUCUCCGGCCGCCAGUCGCAGCAACUCGGAACCUCCGACGACGGGUGGCGAGGGUGACGGCGAUGGCGAUGGUGACGGAGACGUCGACGGCGACGGUGAGGGUGACGGCGACUGCGACGAUGACGACGGAGCCGAUGACUGCGGCGUCGACGACGAUGACGAUGAAGAUGACGACGACGACGUGGUGGCCAUGGACUUCUCGAAGGCCGGCGGUAUCAGCGGUGACGUCAGUGGCGGUGACGUUAGUGGCGGUAACGUUGGCGGCGGUGACGUCGGCGGCGGUGCCGGUGACGAAGACGACGGGGUUGACGACGAGGACGACGACGAAGACGUCGACGACGAAAGACUGAGUCCGGAAGCUGAUGACAAGGACAAGGAGCAAGACUGACACGGGGUGUUUAGGGACUACGCGCUGGCGGCCUUCGACGCGGUGCUCCGAACAUAAUUUCGGCCACAUCGACGUCCUUCGCGCUGGGUAUACCGGUGGUUUUCCUGUWCCGAAAAAUGCGCACAAGCCCGUCAUGUACACGAGCGCGUGCGUCCCUUGUCCACCACGUGGUCGUCGUCGUCACGGGCGUUCGGCCGAAUCGCCGCCCCGUAUCCCACCCGCAACUAAGUGCGUGCAUGCCCCUUACCUCCACCCACCAACCCACACCGCAAGUCCUGUCAAACCUUCCUUCUCGCCCUUAUCCGUUAUCAAUUAGAAUAAUGUCUCUAUUAUAAUAUUAUAAAUAAAAAAUAAUAAUAGUUAUUAUAAAUAUAAUAUAAUAUAACCAUUCGGUCGAAUCGUAUACGGCCGUGGUUCGUAUUCGCGCGUGUAAUAUAAUUAUCGUUUUUAAUGAUAAGGGAUUGAAAUAAAAUAAUAAAAAAUUACAAAAAAAAUUUCGGUACGAAAAAAAAAUGUAAACAAAACUACUAAUAUUACUACUACUACUACUACUACAGCUAGUGAAUACAAAGAAACUUGUAAAUUAGAUUUUAAAACAAAUUGAUCGUGUACAUAUUUAUAAGUGUGAUCGUCGUAUCGAUAUUAAAAAAAAAAAUUAAUUAUAUUAUUUUAGACCAAAACGUAGCCAUUUUAAAGAUAAAUAAUGAUUAUUGAUCCGAAACAAUAGAAUUUUGUCUCAGCCCGAUUUACAAAUCAAAACGAUACAAUUACCUAAUAUACAGCCGAACACAUUAUGGUGUCUACAUACAGUUCCUAAGUUUUAGUUACAGUAAUUUUAUUUUUAUUUUUAUUAGAUAUUAAUCAUGUGUAUACUUCUGUGAAACUGUGAUUCCUAUACACACAUGUUGGCUUUAAGUCUUACUGCAUUUCGUACGUUUUUUGAGAGAUGAAAACAUGAUAUUUACCUCGAAAUCAGCAAGAGAAAACGACAAAAUAUAUUAUACAAUAUUGUUCCUCGUAUAUUAUGAAGCCACUACAAUACAUAUUUUUUAUUUUAUAGUUCCUGUUCAUUCGCCAUUUUGUUUUUGUUUUUUUUUUCUGAGCCAUAAAAACGCAUACGUUUGUUCAAUUUUGUGAUUAAUUGGACGUAAUAUUACCAGAGAUUUGGUUACUGAAGUAACAUUAUAAUAUGUAUCCAACGAAAUUACGUUAAAACUUUACGUGUCUACCAACAAGCGGUCGGUCAAACUUUCAUAACAGCUUUCAUUGAUAUCAUCAUCAUCGUUAUUGUCAUCGUUAUUACAGUAAUAAGUUUAAUAACAUUACAACCAUAACAAUCCAAAUAAGCGAAUGAUACGAGAAUAGUUUAUAAGAGAUGGCGGUAUGCGUCGUAUCUGUUUCGAAGGUACGUCCUCAUGGCAAACGAUUAAUUUUUUAAAUUUAAUUUCUUGCAAUAGCUCUAAAUAGGAUUUUAAACUUAACUAUAGAGAAAUACACUCGUCACUCAUGCAGGGUAAUCAUGAAACAUUUAUAAUACAAUACAGGUACUUCUAUAUACAUAAUGAAAAAUAAUAAUAGUAAUAAAUAUCAGGAACGAUAAUAAUAAUAUAUUCUAUUAUACGAUUAUUAUUCACACAAAUAUACCUUAAAACAAAAAGUUCAUUAUUUAUAGUACUAAUUAAUAUAUUCAAAAUAUAGUCUGUUAUAUAAAUACACUUGUGUGGAAAAAAAAAAGCAAAAAUAUUAAAAAAAUAUUAUAUAACAAUAAUAAUAUGUGUGUUAAAUUGAGUGCAAUGUAUUACUUUUGUGGUGAUUUAUUUGUUACCUUUUAUUUAUAAUAAAAUAGUAAAUGUCUUAAGUUUAUAUAUUUCUUAAGUUCCAGCAAAGCUUUUUAUUCUGUUUUAUUUCCUAAGGCUGUGUUUCUGCUCCGUUUCAUAUUUUUCAAAUGUACAAACAAACAAAAUAUAAAACGUCAUAUUAUAAUAUUAUUAUGUCAUAACCAU